AUGCAGACUGCCCCGAUAUCAGCGAACACGCAGUCAGCCAACACAGAACCUGCCGAACAACCACGCCUAUUUCAGUGUAGCACUUGCAAGAGGUCUUUCACACGUGCAGAUCACCUCACAAGACACGUGAGAGCGCACACCAAGUCCAAGCCUUACAUUUGUCCCGUCUGCUCCAAAGGCUUUGCCAGAAUAGACUUACUCAAGAGACAUGUAACAAACCAUGAUACCGAGCCUGCCAAUGAAAACGACAUCCAUGAGAUUGAUGCAGUUCAUGCGGCACAGGAUCUGCUGGACCUUUCGAAUGGAUUUGAUUACCCCUCAUCGCUGCCGGCUCACAGCGGGAGCGGCAAUCCUUCGGCAUCUACAACUUCAGAGACUUCAGAGCCAUUUCACAACCCACCGCCCAUGCUCAUAACAGACACCACAAACAUGCACCGGCAAUCCGUGGAUUCUGGUGACCCUGAGACAAGAACAACGAGCUUGACAGAUAUGCAGCCACCACCCAAUAACGGCGGUGGACUUGUCGUGAUGAAUCAGAACUACGAAGAUCCUAACACAGCCAUGACUUUUCUCGAUAAUUCCAUGUCGCACUUUGAUCAUACGCCAGGGCACAACCCUUUCUUACCGGACUAUUUUCGCAGCAUGCCCCCUUUCGAAGCAUUCAUGUCUGGUCAGGCAACCCCACGUGGUAUCAUGGAUUUCAGCUUCGAUCUUGAUGUUGGAUUGACUGACCUCGAUCUUGGACUUCUUGAUCAAUACAAUUUCCAGGUUCCGUUCGCUGCCGAUACGCCAUCUACGGAUGCUCAAGGGGCAGAACAACAAUUGUCGGAGACCGACACUGCGCCAUUAAGGGCAGAAGCCUUCAAGCAGAGCAUAUGGCGAUAUCUUCCUCAACGGUCGAGAAAUCAUACUGCAGAACAAGUCAACUUGGCCGUGCCAGACACAGAGAAAGACAGCUACCGGCGUUCGAACUUCACACAUCGGCGUGUGGUAGCAGAAAAACUACCACGCUCCAGCCGCGACCGGUUGAUGGCUUUGGUCCUCGGUACAUGUAGCCCAGAGAACGUCAAACGUAUAGCGUCCGCCUUUCCCAGUAUGGAGCUACUCGAUGGUCUGAUCCAAUACUUUCUAUCUUCACCAUCGAUAGAUGCGCCCAUGUGGUUUCAUUUACCAACCUUUUCUCCUUCGAAAAUGAACCCAGAAUUGCUUGCUUCUGUAGUUUCUGCUGGGGCUGCUACACUCCCUGACAUAUCUUUGCGAAAGCUAGGUUAUGCUCUGCAUGAAGCUUCGAGGAUGGGCCAAUCGAAAUCCUUCGAAGAGGACAACACCGCCAUCAGAGACCUCCAACAUCUACAGACGUUCCUUCUGCAGCUCAAAGUUGGUAUGUGGAGUGGCAUCAGCCGGAAGAUGGAGAUCGCAGAAAGCUUUCUCCAGCCUCUUAUGACUAUGCUCCGCCGCGGUGGUCGUUUUCGCCGGUCGACAUGGAAGGAAAUUAGUCCGUCGCCCGACGACCAGGGCUCGGUGUUAGAAAGCAAAUGGCUGAGUUGGGUCAGUCAAGAAUCCUUUCUCCGCUUGGUUCACCGAGCCUUUGAGUUUGAUCGGCAGUCCUCGAUGGCACUCCUCAAGCCACCGCUUAUAUCCUAUGCCGAGAUGCAACUUCCUCUACCGAGUGCAAAUACGUUGUGGCAGGCCAAAAAUGCGGCCACCUGGAAAAUGGCGUAUUUGGAAAUGGCUUCAGUGACUACGAAGCGGCCGUCAGCUACCGAGUGCCUAUUGAACUUGGAACAUCAAGUUCAUGAUUAUGCCAAUUCAACGUAUCUUCAUAUGAUGUGGGGUCCAAUCUGGGAGUAUCGCCAGAUGUGCGCCUUGACAUCUAGAUCGCAAUCGCAGCCUACCAACAGUCUCAUACUAUCGUCGCGUUAUCAAGAGCUCACAAAGCAGCUUGAGGAUUUCAGGCUGAGCACUCCGCCUAUGAGCAAGAGUGUUGAGAUAACCCUAGAGAUCAUGUUGGUCCAUCUCAACGCACCUUUGGACGACAUCCAGCUCUUUGCGGGCAUCGAAGGGCAGGAAGAGGCACGGGGUGCGUAUGUUGGUUUACGGGAUUGGGCAAAGACCCCGUCAGCGCGUCAAGCCUUGUGGCACGCUGGCCAAAUUCUGCGUGCAGCUGAGAUGCUGCCGAAAGCUCUGCUCAGUAACUUCAACGCCAUCGCUGUCUACCAUGCGGGGCUCAUACUAUGGGUCUACGGUAUUCUCAAACGCUCUAUUACGACGGAACAGGGUCCGGUCGAUACGGCUGUCGUUCUCAACGGAGAGGACCUGCUGAGCGCCCGAAAGUUCAUCACCCUAGACCGGGGCAUACCGGCCAUCAAGAGUUCCGGAUCACAAAAUCCCACCCAACUGACCGACGUCUGUGGAGUCAUGGAUAGCUUGACACAGCUCCUUCGAGCGCAUCAUGACGCGUCAGAACCAUCUCCACCGCUGGUCGGGAACUUGCCGCCAGCAACCAUUAUGACUUCUUUGAGAAAGGCAUUCAGCCUUUCCAAGGAGGAAGUCAGGAACGCCAGACCACCAGGGACUGCGACCCUCGUCGAGCAUCUCGAAUGGAACGCAUCGCAAACAAGUCACGAUGAGAUCCGCCUCGUCCCUCAACCAUCAGCCGACCCAGCGGACCCUCUCAACCUUCCGAUGUGGCACAAGAUCGCAAUCCUAGCCGUCAUGUCGUUACAUCCAUUCGUGGUGAACUUCACCAGUUCAUCCAUCUCGAGUGCUUUGCCGAUCUACGCGUCAACAGGCGUGUUUGGUUUCCCGCCAAAGUCGUUUUCGCAAUUGACAUAUUUUAUUGCAUGCAACAUCUUGAUGUUGGGCGCAUCGAACCUGUGGUGGGUGCCAUUGGCGAACACGUUUGGCCGACGCCCAGUCAUUCUGGGUAGCUUGUUGCUUCUCGUCUUCUCUAGCAUGUGGGCUGGUCUUGCUACGAGCUUCGAUAGUUUAGUGGCUGCUCGCAUCUUCAUGGGUAUCGGAGGUGCACCGGCUGAUGCUGUGAGCCCGGAUGUUGUUGGCGAGAUCUUCUUUGUCCAUCAACGAGGACGCGCUCUGGCCAUCUACACGGUCAUGUUGACCAUGGGUUCCCUCAUAGGCGCUGUUGCUGGUGGCUACAUUGUCGCGGACAUGGGCCUAUCCUGGCUUCAUUGGAUGAACGUCCUACUCUCAGCUAUCACCUUCGUCCUCUGCCUAGUAUUCCAGGCAGAGACCCUGUACCACCGCAAAGAGAGUACCGUCACCUUCGAUGAUCCAGACAAAGAUACUGCUGAGACCAAGGAGAGAGUCACCGUUGCUGAUGCUGCUGCGCCAUCUUCCUACCCAUCGUAUUCGUACAUGAAGUCUUUGAGGCUCUUCUCGUACCACCCUGGUCUGAUGCGCAACUUGAUCGCUCCCUACAAGACGCUCAGGCUACCUGGUGUAUGGCUCGUCUCAGCUUGGUACGCAGGACUGGUCGGACUUAUUGUUACCAUGUCAACUGUUGGUCCGCAACUCGUCGGCGCGCCACCGUAUCUCUGGGGAAAGAAUGUUGGUAUGAUCAACAUCGGCGGUGUUUUGGGCGCUUUGAUCGGAUGUGUCUACACUUACCUCAUUGCCGACUUCGCAACCAAACGUCUCGCAAAGAAAGAUUCCCACGGUUUCUCCGAGCCCGAAUCUCGUCUUGUCACCGCCCUUCCCGCACUUUUUCUCGCCACAAGCGGCUCUCUCAUAUUCGGUUUCGUAGCGCAGAACCCUUCGCCUACCGGAUGGGUAGGCCUCCAAUUCGGUUUCGGUCUUGUCGCUCUCGGGCUUAUGCAAGCGCCCUCUGUUGGCUUCAACUACCUCAUUGAGGCUUACGGAGUGCUUGCAGGAGACUGCUUCGUUGCCGUCACGUUUGUGAGGGCUAUUGUGAGCUUCGCGUGGACGUUCUUCGUUGGAGAGUGGGUCACACACAAGGGAGCUGCUGAGCCUUUUGGCAUUUUUGGGUUGUUGAUGGGCCUUUUUGGCUUGCUGACUAUCCCUAUGUUGAUCUGGGGUAAGCGAUUGAGAAUCUGGACUGCAAAGUGGGUUCCCGAGGGAUCAGCUUUGUAG